GUUACGUAUCAGUACCGAUGACACUAUUUACUUUCCACCACUUGCUCAGGGGUUGUAUGAGGAGAAACGUCACCCCAACCGUACAGCUGUGCUUUAACUGUGUUUCAGCCUUUAGGAGGAUUUAAAGAUUCCAACAAGCAAUGGAGGGAGACGUGCUGUCUUUGUCAUCUUCUUCAUCAUUAUCAUCCUCAGCAGCAGCAUUGGCAACAGAAACUAAGGAUACCUCGCCAAAGAGCGACAGCAGCCUCCAUCAGAGCCAAAAGAAGCACAAAUCUGCUGAAGCACUGUGGACAGAGGAUGUGAGUCCCGUGGGUGACAGGUUGCUGUCCACAGAGGAGCAAGUGACUCUGAUCACUGAGAGCAUGACAGUCACCUCCGCUGACCAGGAGAAACUGCUGCUGCUCAACAGGAACACUGAGCUCCGCAGAGUCAACAAGGAGCUGAUGAAGCUGAAUGAGGACUGGGACCAGGUGUACCGCAGUGCCACGCUGGGUCUACAGCAAAAACUGGAGGCUUUGGAGCUGGAGAACGCGGCUGUCAAACAACUCAACAGUAGGCUGCUGCUCAAAGUCGAGCACCAACAGAGUGCAAAGGAGUACUAUGAGCAGACAUUGAUGCAGGAGCUGAAGAAGAACCAGGAACUGCAAGAAUACAUCAGGCUGCUGGAGAGCAGGAUGCAACAUCCAGAGAGAGCCAGCGCACAUGCCAAACAGGGAGGCUUCAGUGCUGAGCCGUGCCCCUCUAGUAAUCCACCGAGAGGUCCUGACUUGUCACCUAGCCAUUACUCUCGAUACAACCCUUCAUCCUCCCUUUUCCAAGCUCCUUCAAGCCCCGAGGAAAGGUGGCAGGGGAAAAGCCAGAGCGGCAGCACCCCACUGGGAGACUCCCCACGAGAAGUGCAGGAACUAAAAGAGCAGCUGGAUGCACUGAGAUGUCAGCAGACCCAGAUUUAUGAGGCAGAAUACCAGACGGAGCAUAAGGACCACAAACACACGCAGCAGGAGAACCGCAGGCUGAGGAAGAAGAGGGAGGAGAUGCGCCAACAGGUGGCACUACUGCAAGAGCAGCUCAAAGUUUACGAGGACGACUUCAGACGGGAGCGCUCUGACAAACAGAUGCUGCAGAGGUUGUUGUUAAAGAAAACGACUCCUAGCAAGGACCCUGUGCUUAUCCAUCGCUGCAAUAAUGCACAGCAGCCACCAGGAGGAGACAAGAGGACACAGAGUGCAGAGAAAAGAAAACAGCACCACCACCUCUGCCCCAAACACCCAGACAGAGACACAGAGUCAAACUGAGGCUCAGAGGAAACCAUCAUUAUACACACAAUACAUGAUGAGUAUGAGUUUAACCUUGUAAAAAUGAAAAUCAG